AUCGCAUUGGUUAUCCACAUUUGAAUAAUAUUUCAAUUCCUUUAUCGUUUCAAUACGUUGCUUCGUGGAUUGAAAAUAUAUUUAAAUCAAGAGGCAUAUUAAAUUACAAAAAUGGUUAAUUUUACUGUUGACGAGAUCAGGGGCUUGAUGGACAAAAAAUUAAAUAUAAGGAAUAUGUCCGUCAUAGCUCAUGUUGAUCAUGGUAAAUCCACCUUAACAGAUUCUUUAGUAUCCAAAGCAGGAAUCAUUUCCCAAGGAAAAGCAGGUGAAACACGUUUCACUGAUACUAGAAAAGAUGAACAAGAACGAUGUAUUACUAUAAAAUCCACUGCUGUUACAAUGUACUUUGAAAUGGAAGUCAAAGAUAUUGAAUUCAUCCAACAACCUAAAGGUGAGGGCCGAGGUUUUCUGAUCAAUCUGAUAGAUUCACCUGGACAUGUUGAUUUUUCUUCUGAAGUUACAGCAGCUCUCAGAGUUACUGAUGGAGCACUAGUUGUUGUAGACUGUGUUAAUGGAGUAUGUGUCCAAACUGAGACUGUGUUGAGGCAAGCUAUAGCAGAAAGAAUAAAACCUGUUUUAUUCAUGAAUAAACUUGACCGUGCUCUGUUAGAACUACAAUUAGACCAAGAAAAACUUUACCAAACUUUUCAACGCAUUACUGAAAAUAUUAAUGUUAUCAUUGCAACAUAUGGAGAAGCUGAAAAAGGUCCUAUGGGCAAUAUCAUGAUUGACCCAGCUCUUGGUAAUUGUGGCUUUGGUUCUGGGCUUCAUGGUUGGGCUUUCACUCUCAAACAACUUGCUGAAAUUUAUGCAGAAAAAUUUAAUGUUGAUGUUUCUAAGCUUAUGAAAAGGCUUUGGGGAGAUAAUUUCUUCAACCCAGAAACUAAAAAAUGGACUAAAACUGCAGAAGGAGGCAAAGCCAAAAGAGGAUUUAAUCAGUUUGUACUUGACCCAAUUUAUAAAAUAUUUGAUGCCAUAAACAAUUUCAAAAAAGAUGAAUGUGAAAAACUUUUACAAAGAUUGGGUAUUUAUGAUAAACUUAAAACAGAUUUGAAAGAAUUGGAAGGAAAAGCUUUACUUAAAAAAGUAAUGCGUACCUGGCUCCCUGCAGGUGAAACAUUGCUUCAAAUGAUAGUUAUUCAUUUGCCAUCCCCUGCUGUUGCUCAAAGAUACAGAACAGAACUACUUUAUGAAGGUCCUGCAGAUGAUGAAGUAGCUACUGCAAUAAGAGAAUGCAAUCCUGAUGGUCCUUUGAUUAUGUAUAUAUCGAAAAUGGUGCCAACAUCGGACAAAGGUAGAUUUUAUGCUUUUGGUCGCGUUUUUGCAGGAACCGCGAAGACUGGCCAGAAAGUAAGGAUAAUGGGGCCUAAUUAUGUUCCUGGCAAGAAGGACGAUUUAUAUGAGAAAUCUAUUCAAAGAACCAUACUGAUGAUGGGCAGAUACACUGAAUCUAUUGAAGAUGUCCCUUGUGGAAAUAUAUGUGGACUUGUAGGAGUUGAUCAAUACUUAGUCAAGACUGGGACCAUCACAACUUUUAAGGAUGCUCACAAUAUGAGGGUUAUGAAGUUUGCUGUAAGUCCUGUUGUUAGAAUAGCAGUGGAACCCAAAAAUCCUUCUGACUUGCCCAAAUUGGUUGAGGGCUUGAAAAGAUUGGCCAAAUCCGACCCUAUGGUUCAAUGUUAUUUCGAAGAAUCGGGUGAGCACGUUAUAGCUGGCGCUGGCGAACUCCACUUGGAAAUUUGCCUGAAGGAUCUAGAGGAAGAUCAUGCUUGUAUCCCCAUUAAAAAGUCUGACCCAGUUGUAACUUAUAGAGAAACCGUUACAGAAGGGUCUAACCAGACCUGUCUUAGCAAAUCUGCCAACAAACACAAUAGGCUUUUUAUGACAGCUGGUCCUAUGCCUGACGGUCUGGCAGAAGAUAUUGAUAAGGGAGAUGUAGCACCUAAUCAAGAAUUUAAAGCCCGUGGUCGUUAUUUGGCAGACAAAUACGAGUUUGACAUAUCUGAAGCGAGGAAGAUUUGGUGCUUUGGUCCUGAAGGCAAAGGUCCCAACAUCCUCGUCGAUUGCACAAAGGGAGUUCAAUACCUGAACGAGAUCAAAGACAGCGUCGUUGCUGGUUUUCAAUGGGCCACAAAAGAAGGCGUAUUAUGUGAAGAAAACGUCAGAGGAGUACGUUUCAACGUCCACGACGUUACUCUCCAUGCUGAUGCUAUACAUCGUGGGGGUGGGCAAAUUAUACCAACUGCUAGGCGAUGUCUUUAUGCGUGUAUGUUGACUGCUAAGCCCACUCUCCUGGAACCUGUCUACUUAGUCGAGAUUCAGUGUCCGGAACAAGCAGUAGGCGGUAUAUAUGGUGUGCUGAAUAGACGUCGUGGACAUGUGUUCGAAGAAGGACAAGUGUUUGGCACUCCCAUUUUUGUUGUCAAAGCUUUCUUGCCCGUCAACGAAUCAUUUGGCUUCACAGCUGACUUAAGAUCGAAUACGAGUGGCCAAGCUUUUCCUCAAUGUGUAUUCGAUCAUUGGCAAAUUCUGCCAGGAGACCCUACUGACCCGAAAUCGAAGCCUUUCGAGAUAAUUACGGCUAAACGUAUACGCAAAGGGCUUAAAGAGAGUAUUCCUGAUGUAUCCAAUUAUCUCGACAAACUCUAAAUACAAAUAUAUUAUGAAUAAAAAAAUUUGGGUUGAUUCCCCUCUAUUUAUAAUUAUCCCUUUGAUAAUUUAUAUUGAGGUCGUUAAAUAAAACGUUUUUAUGCUCUAUUAUCCCUUAAAUUCAAUAAUUAAUCUCGUUAUGAGAGGAUCCUAUAAUGGCUCUAUAUCCUUAUCAUAAUAUUUAUCAUUGGUUUUCAUAAAGAAUAUUGAAUUAUUUUUAAAAAAUGUUUAAGAUAUGAAUUAUAUAUUAUUACGAACGCUUGGUGUAUUAGUAUUACUGA